AUGGCCGACCGUCCAGAACCUCUCCGUCUGGGUUCAAUCGCCCCCAACUUCAAGGCCGAGACCACCAAGGGUCCCAUUGACUUCCACGAGUUCAUUGGCGACAACUGGGUCGUCCUUUUCUCACAUCCCGAGGACUUCACUCCAGUGUGCACCACUGAACUUGGUGCUUUUGCAAAGUUGGAGCCCGAGUUCGCAAAGAGAGGCGUCAAGUUGAUCGGUCUUUCCGCGAACACGAUCGACAGCCAUGGAGACUGGAUCAAGGACAUCAACGAGAUUAGCGGCAGCAACCUGCAAUUCCCUAUUAUCGGCGACAAGGCGAGACAAGUGGCUCUGUUGUAUGACAUGAUCGAUCAUCAAGACGCCACCAACGUCGACUCCAAGGGUAUUGCGUUCACCAUUAGAUCUGUCUUCAUCAUCGACCCCAAGAAGACCAUCCGAACCAUCCUUUCCUACCCUGCCUCGACUGGCCGAAACACCGCCGAGGUGCUCAGGAUUGUCGACUCUCUGCAGACCGGCGACAAGCACAAGGUCACUACCCCAAUCAACUGGGUGCCCGGUGACGAUGUGAUUGUCCACCCCAGUGUCAAGACGGAACAGGCAAAGGAGAUCUGGCCCGAGAUGAAGAUUGUCAAGCCAUACUUGCGAGUGACUCCUCUGCCCAAGGACAAGACCACUGCGGCCUAA